AUGUUAAGUCCGAAUAAAUUUUUGUUAUGUCGUGAUUGUUUUGCAUCGCACUACCCGGAAGAAAGUAAUCGGGCAAUAGUUAUCGUUCAGUUUCCACCAAGUGAUAAUCAAUCAAAAUGCGCUUUAUAUUUUAUUAAUACGUCGGGCCUUCCAGCGUUAAGCUACGCAACUACUGGAGAUUCCAAACGUCAGACUAAUAAAAUCAAAUAA